AUGUCUAAAAUUAAAAAUUCUUUGUUUGAUAGUAUCUUUUUAGAAACACAUAGCGAAUUGGAAACUUUAAACGAUGAACUAAAUAAGCUUUAUGAAGUUUAUCAGACCAAUAAUUUAAAGGAUGAUAGUAAUAGUGACGAUAAUAUAGAUAACAAGAAUGAAAGUAUAAUGUUCGAAGAAGGUCAAGAAGAUAAUGCAAAUAACAAUAUAACAUCAAAAGAAGUUCAAGAAGAUGAUGUAAAUGAUAUUUUUACUUCAAGACAAAUCGAAGAGUUUAAAAAAAUUUAUAUACUCAAACCUAUACAGGCAUUUAUUAAAAAUGAAAGCAAGUCUUCAACAAGAUUAAAAAACAGGAUGAUGAGGCGUAUUUAA